AUGCUCUACUGCCAGUCUGGCGCUCCACAACUCCAUCCGGAGGAAUUGACCUUAUAUCGACCAAAGAUACCUUCUGAAUGGCCGGGAGUCUUUCAUCGCGCUUGCGAAUACAGCGAUGACGGUCAUCUUGUGAAAUUCAUUCGUGCAAUCGCCACAGCUGCUGAAGACAUCAAGUCGUUCCCCCAAGAUUCAAGGCUCGCGAUAAGAUCAGCGCGUGAGCUUUUGACCAUUGCCCAUAUGGUUAUCGACUCCAGCGAGGAGUUUAACCGGAAUACUGCUGAUCAUGAAGCCGAGAUGAUAUGCGCCAAGUAUGAAUAUCCUCGGCUCAUGUCGCAUGAAAUCCAACGAGUGACUGCAAGAUGGCCUCGACAUGUAGGAUUUGAGCAAUCGUGGUUUCACAUACCGGCACGCAAGCCACGCCCCCUCGCACAGCUCUAG